GAAACGUAAAUCAGGCGAAGCAUUUAGGGAUUACUUCGACUAUAUCUACGGAAUCGUUACAAGUGAGACAGUGUUUUACAACGGCCUCAGAAUGGUAUUUUAUUCUUUUCACCUCGGAUGGAAUAUCAAGCACGAGCAAGGAUCCCCUCAAUAUUCGAUUUUCAGAAUUUGCUUUGAAGGAAGGAUCAGAGAAAGAAAAAGAUUUGCGUAAAAACGUGAAGCGAGUUAUGGAGGUCAUCGUUGGGUUGUUGAAGAAUAGGCUGGAAUGCGUGGAUGAAGAACCUGAUAGGAAAAGGGUUAGG